CAUCUGUCAUUAUUCGUCAGUCAGGGUUUCUUCCUUUUUUCUCAUGAUAUUGCUUUAUUUUACUUCUUCUUAAAUAUCAUAUUAAUUAGCAAAAUAUUUAUCGUGUAAAACUGUAUUAAAUUUUUUUUUAACCAGGAAGGCUUUAAAAGUUUGGGUGGUCAAUACCCCCUGGUUCAUCUAUUUAAUCUUGUAAGUAUCAUUGGACUUAAUACAAUGUAUUUUUCUACUGUGUAUUGCCUGAGAUUCUUUUACUGUUCAAAAUGAGGUACGAAGUAUAACAUUCUUGAAAUGAUAAAAUUAUAGGGAUGAAAAAUAAACAAAUUAAUGGCUGCCAGGAGUUAGGGUUGAGUGUAUGGGUGUGGGUGUUACCACCUAAAUUAAUGACAGAGAGAGAGGCUCCCUGCAGAGUGUAAUAGGAAGUGGCAGGGGCACUGCAAUAGGCGAUACAGGAAGCCACGAUGGAUGAUGGAGAGGUUGGGAUAAGAGGAAACCUUUAAAAGGCAAAGAGAGAUCUACCUAAAUCAUUUUGAAACAAAGAUCAUUGGUUACAGGGGCUUCUUGCAGGAGCUAGUGCUAACUCAUUGGUGGAGACAGCCAUUGCCAGGCAAGUGUUUUUGUGAGAGCAACUUGGCUGAAAUGUUACUAUCUUGAGGAAUUUUUUGUUAUACACCCUGUGAUAGACAUGUGGGCAGGACAUGUAGGGAUGUGUGGGACAUGUAGAAAUUUCUUGUGGGUUUUGAAAAGGAGGUCUUUGGGCUAGUUCUUAUCUCAGAUACAGGAGAUCCCCUCCUUCAUGACCUCCAGCUCCACUUUGGGUGUGACCUAAGUGACUCCAUAUUGGCACUGGUGACUUUCACACUAUACAGGGCAGGGGUAGUAUGAGUGAGGUCUUUAUGCAUGUUUUUUUGAAGGGAUAGUUCUGAAUCUUGAUUGCAAUGGCAGUUACAUGCAUCUGCACAUAGAUUUGUGUCAUAAUUGGAUGACAUAGAAUUAUAUAUAUACACUGUAUCAAUGUCAAAUUACUGGAUUUGGUACUGUUCUAUAAAUACAUAAGAUGUAACCAUUUGCAGGAAACUAAAUGAAGGUUUUACGGGACCUCUCCCUUUGCAACUUACUGUGAAUCUAUAAUUAUUUUAAAAUAAAAAUAUUUUAAUGCCCCAUAAGCUAUCUGUGCAUAGAAAUGAGAAAAGUUAUUUUAAAGGCUAAGAAAAGGCAAAAAUAAUAAUUAAUAUUUUUGUUUCUAAUACUAUAAUACUUAUGAGAUAAGUAACGUCAUAGUAAUAGUUACUAGGAUCUAUAUAUUUCUCUCUGUAUAAUAUGCGCUAUGAUAUAGUCACUGAAAGCAAAUAACACGUGGUUUUCAAUUAUCCUCCAGCCCAGCAUUUUUUGCCGUGUUUAUUAUGCUUGCUUGCUGCGGGAAUCUCCGCCGUCAGGUCCCCGCAAAUUACAUUCUCCUGGGAGUAUUUACAGUUCUUCAAGGUCUGCUGCUAGGAGCCGUAUCAGUUUUCUACAAGGCCAAUGAAGUGUUAUGGGCAACAGCAGCAACCGCUCUGGUGACACUAGCACUCACUCUGUUUGCUCUACAAACUAAAUGGCUGCAUCUAUUGUAUGCUGGACUCGGAACUGUGAUCUUCUCACUCUACUUGGUGAUGGAUGUGCAGCUCAUGCUGGGAGGGCACCACCAUUAUUCCCUGGACCCUGAAGAGUAUGUUUUUGCUGUCCUGAACAUCUACUUAGACAUCAUCAACCUUUUCCUUUUUAUUCUGCAUCUGAUUGGACUGGGACGGUAGUCACACAGCCAAGGCUGGCUCGUGCAGAGAAGAGAAAGGAGGGGUGCUGUGAAGUGAUGCCAGCCUCAGACAUGCAGAAGUCACCACUUCAGAAGCUCUUUUAUUUUAAGAAAAUUAAGAAUACUUAUUUUUUGUUAAAUGAAACCAAGCAUUCAGUAGAUGGUAGCUGUAGCUGUUAUAUUUUUAGUUCACUGUCAUGCAGCAAAACUUUCAGGGGGACAUGUCUAACUUUAAUAUAUUCAAAAGAUGAGUAUCAUAAUUACAUACUUACAAACACUUGUAAGAUGCCCAUUCCUUUGUUGAGGUUUUCUGAGCACUAUUUAAAGCUGUAAACAAAUAUCUCCACGUGAAUACAAUUGACUACAGAAAC